ACGCCAAACGGUUUUGCCAAAACAAAACCAAACAAAACAAAAAAAUCAACUUUAUCAUUAUUUGUUUGUCCAUCAUAUUUGAUGGGCGUAUGUGAUCUCCAUUCCCUCAAACAAAUCAAUCGAUGACUAGUCGACUAAAUUAUAAAUUAAUAAAUGACCAAAUUAUUCGAAUAAUGGAUCUAUUGGAAUGUUAUAUGAUCAAUUCUAUUCAGUUGUUGAAAUGUUCCAGAACGUUACCCUAUAAAAUGAAAAUAUCUACAAAAAAAACAUUUUCAACUCUGACCUUUUGUAGCAGAUCAUGGCUCAGCAUUUUGAUGGUCAUGUUGAUAAUUCUUCAGCCUAUUUGCUGUUCUCAUCAAUCCAUACAUUUAGAUCCAUCUGGUAACUAUCAUGGACUUAUUAUUGGUUUUGGCAAUAACUUUCAAUCAUUCGAACGACCAAAUAUUAACACGACAAUCGUGUCAAUUAUGAAUCAAUUGCAACGAACAUCGUCUAUAUUGAAGGAACUAAUGUCAGUUCAAAUAGCUGAUGUAACUAUCAUUCUGCCCGAAAAAUGGCAUAUUGAUGUGAAUCAAUUACAACAAUCGACAUCCAUGCAGUUUGAUGUACGAGAAUCUAGAGCUCAAUAUCGAUCACUAGCCGAUGCCGAUAUUUUAUAUACAAAUGAUGAUAAAAAUCAGAUAUUGACCAUGCAAUAUGGGGAUUGUGGUGAAGGUGGUAUGGCCAUCAAUUUUCCAAUGCAAUAUGUAUCGGAUGAAUAUUCAGCUCGUUUACUGGCCCAUCAAUGGCUUUUAUAUAGAUAUGGCGUAUUCAAUGAAUUCGGCCUUGAAGAUGAUUACAAUUAUCCAGUAUACUUUGCUGCUCCAGACGGUGGAAUACGUCAUGAUGUACGGCCACAUAUCAAUUCUUGUUUUCAGGGUUCGAAUGCCCAGUUCAAAUAUUCCAAUAACUGUAAUAAUGCCACCGAUCCAAACACUGGUCGACCAAUCAAUCCAAAUUGUGAUGUGAUACCGGCCAAGAAUACAAUUCAAUCCUCGUUUAUGUAUGCCCCGAUUGCUGUAUCCGAAUAUCGGCUUUGUAAUUCUAGUACACACGAUUAUCAAUCGCCAACCAAGCACAAUGUCCUAUGUGAUUACCAAUCCAUCCAGGAUGUCAUUGUAAAACAUGCCGAUUUCGAACGAUUUAAACCCAACUUUAAUGGCCAAAACACUGAUUUGAAUGCAUCAACCCCGUUGAUUAGAUUCCAGAUCCUACAAAACCAAAAUUUACUACAUGAUGAACAUUCGAUUAAAGCUAAUGUUCUAUACGCUUUGCCUAAAAAUGGAUCAAAAUUUCUGGAAGCCUCAAUGGAUAUGAUCAAAAAGAUGGGCAUACAAGGCUUUUUUCCACAUCAGGCAUUAUUUGCUUUGUACGAUGAAAAUCAAUUACAAGUUGUUCCUGGUUGGCGUCCAUCAUCACAAUUGUCUAUGAUCUAUUUCGAUGAUGAUCAUAAUGAACGUAGAAUAAAACUAAGACAAAUUUUCGAACAAAUGUCCAGACAAUUCGACAAUGUACCUGGAGCUGGAACCUGUGUAUUUUUCUAUUCGGGCGACAUGCUUAUGGAAAACACUGAUAUCGAUUACAUAGAAUCGUUGGCUGAUUUGUUGAACAAGAAAAAUCUUCGACUACAAGUUAUUCUUUACGAUCGUCCACCAAGCAAUGAAGUGCUACGAUUCUUUGAUCAGCUAAAAUUGAAAAUAAACAGUUAUUCUGCUGUUGAUUAUGCGUUCGGUCAAACAGAUAAUUCAUCGCCUUCGAUCAUGGCCUUUCGAACGCAACUCACCUCUAUUAUAAACACUGUACUGUUUGAUCUGUUACAGGAUCUGACCGAUCAGAGUCAUCUACUCAUCAAACGAGAAACGGUUCGUUCAGAUGAUCCUUCUGGAAUUGAAUUCACCAUUGAUUCGACCAUUAGCAACAAUGAUUUGCUUAUUGAAAUGACCACUAAUGGAAAAGGAUCCGACUUGGCCAUGGGUUUCAAUCUGAGCGAAGAUUAUCGCAACGUCAUACAAUUCCAAACAUUUGAACCAUACGAUAGAAGCAUUGUGAUUCAUUACCAAAUGAUCAAAGAAGGCAAAUUUCGUUUCAAUUACCGUUCCAGCGAUCCAAACACGUUCAUCACAAUUAGUGUUCGCGUUUUAUCUAAGCAAAGUCAUUAUCACUCAUACAAGGAUGCUCUAUUAUCGGCUCGAUGUUGGAUUCAAUCCAGUCAAUCGAAUCCAGUUCGUGGCUAUGUACAAGUUAGCCAAGGUUUGAAUGGCCCUGUUUAUGAGGCUGAUGUUAGUUUUGCUGCUCGAGCAUUCACCCGAACGCAACAACGACAGGAAGUGACUCGGCCUUCAAAUGAUAAUGGCCGAGGUAAUCCGGAUAUUACAGCUUAUGACGGGAUCUAUUCAGCCUAUCUGGACUCAUUAUUUACUGGUAAUGGCGAAUCAUAUGGUGUGGCUUAUACGAUUGUAGCGAAAAUCAGCGGCCACAAGAUUGCAGUUAAACCAGGAAAUUUUGGAAAUACUGUCAUGUUCAAUAGCAAAACUCGUUGCUGUGGUACACAAAUAAAAACAAAUGAUGAUCAAAUUGAAUCAAAUUCAUUCGAACGAUUCGUACAUUGUGGUUCGUUCUACAAUAGCAUGCAAAACGAACAUCAUGGUAUGGCCAAUUAUGCCAUUCGUGAUUUACGUAUCGUCAAUCUGGAUGCCGACAAUCGAACAAUGGCUCUAGAAUGGAGCUCUCCAUUUUACUAUACGAGCGAUCAAAACAAACCAAUCAUCAUCAAGGCAUUUCAUUCGUAUAGUCGUCAUUCGAAACUUCCUCUCGAGAUUAAACAAGCCUUUGAUAGAGACCAGAAUGAAGCUGAAUUGCAAGUUAUUACCGGUGAUGAUAACCAUGAUAACCACUAUUCACAACCCUCUGUUAUGACCAUCAACGAGCAGUCUGAUGAUGCUCGUAUCAUUUUUGAAACACUUUCAUCAUCACAAGCUCCGUAUGCACGAUACGAAUCCUCACCAUCGUUUCCACAAUUAAUACGACCAUCCACAGUCAGCAGUAAUACGUUGGUGACCAAUUCAUUACGGCAAGUGACCAUACGUAUCCUUAGUCCAGAAGAAGGUUUCUAUUUGAUCGCCGUCAAAGAACGUAACGAUGAUUAUGAAUCGAAGCCAUCAAACAUCGUUACCGUUUAUCUGAAAAGUAACGUACUAAUUGAAAAUACAACCGCUUUAGCCAAUGAUAAUAGCCGUUUGUCAGCCGGACCAUACCGAGAAAGUGGACGUGGUCGUGCAUUACCUUGGAUCCAGAUAUUGAUCAUUUGCAGUUCGGCAUUCGUCCUUUUUAUCAUCAUCUUGAUUAUUAUCUGUCUUACCAUUCGUCGUUACCGUCGUUCGAAUAAAGAAGCUCUGAAUAGCGAUUACAAAUCAACUGAUAGUGCCACUUCGAAUUGUGGAACAAUCAUGAACGGCGACAAUAAGAACGAUACACAUACGAACAAACAAUCCUAUUAUCUAGCUCAGGAUGGCAAUUCACUCAUAUCGAAUUCACUAAACGACAACAGGAUGUUGCCCAACGGCGCAGCCAGCAAUCAUACGAGCUGUAGUUCAGUCAACACGAACGUCGAAAAUGGUCCAGCGGGCCAUACUUCUUACCUGAACCAUCACCAGAAUCACUUACCUCCUCAUGCGAUCGAUCGUCCGCAUCAACAGGACCAAUCGUCUAUGGAACAGUCAGCAGGUGUAAUGAAAGAACUAAACGUAGCAACAUUACUACCAAACUCAUGGGAUGCCAAAGAACUGCUCGAUCAUUGGGGUCGAGUUCAGGAAGCCAAAUUACGGCAGGAAUCACCACCGAUUGUAACUAACGGUCAGCCUGGGAUGCAAUCAAAUUCACCCAGUGUUCUAUCUUAUGGUGGCAGUUCUUCGGUGGAUAAUUUUCACAGCAAUCAUCCAGCGAUCGUUCAACCAACAUCAAACAUGAAUCAAUCACAUUUCGGUCUGCCUUACGGUAAUUCCAUACCGGCAGAUUAUCCAAAUGGACCAUUACCUUCAUCCAUGUAUUCGCCUUAUUCAAAUGCGAGCAGUAUAUGGCAACAUCAACAACAGAAACAAUUGCAGCAACAGCAUUUGCAUCAGCCACAUUCAUACCUGUCGCUACCACCACCCCCACCGCCACCUUCACUGUCAUCACAUGUGGUCCAAGCAAUCAACCUGGAUGAUAAUGGCCUUCCUGAGUACAGUGUUGUACGGAAGAUCAUUUCGGCCAACAUAUCUCAAGUGUAAAAUCCAGUCAAUUGUUGCCUUUUUGCAAAUUUGUAAAAUCAACCCUUUGUAAAUAAAAUUGCCCUUUCCUUUUAGCAUCAUCAUUAUCAUAUAAUAAUCAUACCCAUGUAUCAUAUUGCUCAUUAAAUAUUAAUACAAAAAAAACUAUA